GUGACGGCUUCUGCCGGGCCGGGGCUGUGCGCGCGCUUCCGAGCGGGGCAGGUUCCUGACGAAACCAUUCUGGGCCCGCUUCCCUGCGCCCCGGGGGAAGGGCUGGGGCCCGCCCGCGCUCGGGUGCCAGAUAACAACGCGCGCUCUCUCUCCUCUCUCCCUUACUAGCCCUGAGGCGCUCGGAGGGGGCCGGCCGGCCGGCGGCAGCAGGGAAGAAGCGAGCGGACAGGGACCGGGCAGGCGCCUUCCGUGCAGAGCCGAGUCCCCCCGCCGGUGCCUGGGCGGGGAGAUGCGGGCGCGGGCACUCGGGAAGGAAUCUGCCUACGCCCCCCGCGUGCCGUAGCCAAGCCCUCGCCCCUGCGAGCGGAGUGUUGCCCGCCCUAGCCGUGCGCCCUGCCCCUCGCUAAGGGGCAGGACUGCCCCGCCCCCCCCCGGCCGGCGCCGCGCUCCGGGGGCAGGAUGGUGGACGUGUUCAGCGGGCGGCCCCUGCUCACCCGGGACGGGCACGCCGUGGAUCCCGAGGAGGUUUUGCAGAACAAGAUCGUGGGCUUGUACUUCUCGGCCGGCUGGUGCUCCCCGUGCCGGGACUUCACCCCCGUCCUGUGCGACUUCUACAGCGAGCUGCUGGAGGGCGCCCGCCCGCCGGCCCCGUUCGAGAUCGUCUUCGUCUCGUCCGACCGCAGCCCCGAGGAGAUGGCCGAGUACAUGCACGACAUGCACGGGGACUGGCUGGCGCUGCCCUUCCACGACCCCUACAAGCAUGAUUUGAAGAAGAAAUACAAUAUAACGGCCAUUCCCAAACUGGUGAUUGUGAAACAAACUGGAGAAGUCAUUACUGACAAGGGAAGGAAACAGAUCAAAGAAAGAGGGCUAAGCUGCUUCCGAAACUGGCUCGAGGGGGCAGAUGUCUUUCAGAAUUUUUCUAACUGAACAAAAAUUGGGAGAUACAAGCAAGACAGCUAGACGAAACUUGUGGGGGAACUUGCAGAGUUCCCAAACUAUAACGUUUUUGGUUAGAACAAAGGGCGUUAUUGAUUAGGAGCCAUUUAAUUUUAUUCCAAACUAUAGAAAGCAGAACAUGCCAAUAGGCUAACAUAGUUCAGAACAAAUGCACUUACCAUUUUAUUCGUGUUGUCUUGUUUACUACAGUUAGUAUGACCACCAAAGCAUUCGUAAUAAUAUUCAAGAGUUGUGUAUUGUAGGGCUCUUCCAGACAGAUAGAAGGGCAGCCCUGUGAAAUCUAUGCAAAUGUUUUAUUUUUGCAGAUGUGUACAGGUAAAAAAAAUACAUAUUUUUCUCAACCACAAGAUUUUUCUGGUGAUUAGCACAUAAUUUAUAUUUAUUGAUAAAACAGAAGUAUACUUGCUUUAAUAAAGUAAUAUUUAUGCA